AUCACUUGGUUGACAAUAACGCUGGACUUGGAUUGAUCAUUAAAGUAGUGACGUUGUGAUCACAGAGAGAGAAUCAUGGCAAAGUUGUUAGUUCUCGCCUUGGUCGUUGCUGUAGUUAUGUUAGAGUCAACUUACGCCGCCUGCCCAACAUGCGCUAACAGUGGUUCUACAUGCGCUUCGUUGAGCAGCUACAUUGAUUGCUUAAAGACAGUCACAACUGCCAAUGGAUGCACUGAUAUAGAGGUAGCUAAUGCUGGUCUGGCUACUACUGGCGCUCAGGCUGCAAGAACUGUGUUACAGUGUUCAGGAGCUGGUACAUUUAUGGCGUCAUUGGGAUUUGCUCUACUCCUGAGCUGUCUGGUUCAAUACUUGAGUGGCAACACAUACUAGACUCUCUCUUCCCUAGAUAAAUAAUAUAGCAUUUUUUUUGUUACACAAUUUUAAUCUAGAUGAUACGAAAUAAAACCAAUGAACUUGUAUAUGGCAAAAUAGAUAUUUAAUUAAAAUAUUCACUAAUUGGAUUACAAACUGAACAAACAAAUUCUCUAUUGCGCUUACCUUCAUUGAAUGGGUCAUUCUUAUUCUAGAGGUUCACAUUCUCAGCGUUGGCGAAAUAAAAAUGAGUGUUUACAGAAAAAGAA